CAGCGUUGUUUCUGGGUAAUUGAGAAGCAGAACUGGGGAAAGGAAUGGGAAAAUAGUGACAUGUACCACAACACAGCGUGCAACACGAGUCGAAAUCACACUCAAACAACAACAACAUCCGCAACAGCAUUGCCUUCCUCACCCCCGACAACCCACACAGAGCAACCCGAGAAUUAUCUCUCGAUACGGGAGAGUGACACAAAGAAAAUGAUAGAUUUGCUGUCUCCUAACUCGUCUCCGUCACUGCCUACCCGGAAGUCAAAGAAUUUGAAAAACCUACAACUCAACCUUACCAACUCCCCCAGAAACAACAUCAACAACCACGAAAUACCGAAUACCAGCAUCCCGCUGCCAAACCAGAGGACGGAAGAUAGCACCGCACCAAACAGCUCUUCGUCGCUGAACACGCUAAAGACACCAGUACUGAGUAGAACACCAACACCAACAGGGAAUCUUCCUGCGGUUGGUGCUGGUGCUGCUAAUGGUACUGGUGCUGCAAUAUCGCCAUUUUCAAACCCAAGACCCUUACAGCAUUUUCGAAGAAUGGCGUCUUUCAACUCGAGUUCGCCGUCUUCUUCAUCCGCCUGCAGUAGCAUCAAUGGAAAUAGCAUCAAACUCAAUUUGAGUGGUGGCAACAGCAACGGCAGCACAAACACUAUAAACAACAGCAACAUCAAUAACAACCAGCGGAAAAGAAGUGCUACUACACUAGCCAUUAAUAUACCAGUGCAUGAUGUGGAAGCCGAGAACAAUGGUGAUAGUCCUGGAAACGGACACGCACCAGGCGGGGGUCUCAAAAGCGCAUAUGGCGACUUUAUCUUCAAUUACGACACAGAUUUACCAAACGAUAGGAACGCAUCGAAAACAAACAACAAGAAGAUACCGGUACUGCCCUUUGAAAAGCCACAAAAGAGAACGAGUAGCAUGGAUUUCUCGAGCCAAGACUCAUUGUCAUUAUCGCCUAUUUCCUUCUCAUCACCAUCAAUCUCGUUACCAGCAAAACCCUUCCCUGUACCUGUGGAUUUAAAUUCUUCAGGCCAAUUAUACUCUUCUGAAAUCAAGCCGCAGACAAUAAUGCACUCAUUUGAUGAGUCGAAAAUGGACGAAACAAACGCUGAAACGUUUAAAAUGGCAUACCCAAACGGACCUAUUUGUGUAUUGAAACCAAACCUAUACCUCUAUUCUGAACCUACAUUUGAUGAGGUAACCGACUUUGACGUGAUAAUAAAUGUUGCACAGGAAAUCAAAGAUUAUACAAAUCAGGUUGAUGAAAGAAACAAAAUUGCAGAAAUAGCGGGAAUUAAAAACUUCGACAACAUAAGUAUAGACUCUCAAAACAGAGAAAAACUUACAUUCAGAAAUAGUAGGCAAAAUAUAGAGUACUAUUUCAUUCCUUGGACACACACAUCUAGACUCACGUCCGACUUCCCAUAUUUGACAGCCUUAAUAGAGAAAUCAUUGAAAAGUAAUAAAAAGGUGCUCAUUCACUGUCAGUGUGGAGUCAGUCGGUCAGCAUCUUUGAUAAUGGCCUAUUUCAUGAAAGUGUUUGGGGGAGGAUACAAUGAGGCCUAUGGACGACUCAAACAGAUUGUUCCGCAAAUAAGUCCUAACCUUAGCUUGAUCUAUGAGUUGAUAGAGUGGGGAGAAUGGUUGGAAAAAGGCCAAUCAAGUCAGUAGAUACCAACCAUAUAUAAAUCUAUGUAUAGAUUUAUCGCGUUGUUUCUGUGCGUAAUAGUUUCUCAUCAUUUUAUAGUUUUAAUCAAAGUAAAUGUAAUGAAAAAACGUUUAAAUCUCGAA